GACAGACUCCAACCAGAGUGUGAGAGAGCACAGUGAAAAACAUCAGUGGCUGUACUUGAGUAAAUCAGGAGAGCAGAUUAGCAGAUCGUGGAACUAGAACUAUUCCAGCGCUAAUACUGUGAGGACAAGAAGGGUUUUCAAAACGAUGACUGUCUUGUUAUUUCUACCUGGUCUCGUUUUUGCAUUUCUUCUAUUUGGAGGGAGCGAUGCUUGGUUAUAUGCCUCUUCUGAAACGAAUAUGACUUAUGAGCAGGCAAGGAAAUAUUGUCAGGAAAGGUACACAGACCUGGUUGCCAUUCAAAACAAGAAUGAAAUCGAGUACCUGAAUAGAACAUUAACAUUCUCCCCAAGUUACUACUGGAUCGGAAUCAGAAAAAUCAAUGGUGUCUGGACCUGGGUAGGAACACAGAAGCAACUGACCAAAGAGGCCAUGAACUGGGCUCCUAAUGAACCCAACAAUAAGCAAAAUAAUGAGGACUGUGUGGAGAUUUAUAUCAAGAGGAAAGAAGCCUCGGGCAUGUGGAAUGAUGAGAGGUGCACGAAAGAGAAGCUGGCUUUGUGCUACACAGCCUCCUGUGCCAGCAACUCCUGCAAUGGCCAUGGGGAAUGUGUGGAGACCAUCAACAACUUCACUUGCCAGUGCUAUCCAGGGUUCACAGGCCCUCAGUGUGAGCAUGUUGUGACCUGUGAAUCUCAGACCAAUCCUGAGCAUGGCAUCCUGGUUUGCAGCCAACCAGUGGGGUAUUUCAAUUCUACUUGCUCUGUCAAUUGUGAAGAAGGCUACGUCCCAACCAGUGCUAACUCAGUUCAGUGUAUUUCUUCUGGAAAAUGGAGUGGACCCAGCCCUACCUGUAAAGUGGUAGAGUGUGAUGCACUGACAAGUCCUGCUCAUGGAUCCAUGGAUUGCUCCCAAAGCUCUGGCAUCUUUCCAUGGAAUACAACCUGUGUGUUUAACUGUGAGUUGGGGUAUGAGCUAAAGGGAUCCCAGACUCUUCAGUGUACCUCAUCUGGGAAGUGGCACAUGGAGAAACCAAUGUGUCAAGUGGUGAAAUGUGAUGCUCCCAGCCAACCCUCCAAUGGCUCUGUGAAGUGUGACCCUUCCACUGGAGACUUCGCCUACCAGUCAGUCUGUUAUUUCAGCUGUGACAAAGGCUUUGAGCUGAAAGGAUCAUCCCAACUUGAGUGCACAGCUCAGGGGCAGUGGACACAGCAAUUCCCAACCUGUGAAGCUAUCCAGUGGAGAGCACCCUCCAGACCAGAGACAGGCUACAUGGUUUGCCUUCCUAGUCUUUCGGGGAAUUUCCAAAGUGGCUCCAGCUGUGAGUUCUCCUGUGAGGAGGGAUUUAUGUUGAAAGGAUCCAAGAGACUCCAGUGUGACUUAGUGGGAGAAUGGGACAUGGAGGAGCCUGUGUGUGAAGCCAUAAAAUGUGAUGCUGCCAGCGAACCCCAGAAUGGCUCUAUGACUUGUGCCCAUUCCCCCACUGGAAACUUCACCUAUCGGUCAGUCUGUAACUUCCACUGUGAGGAAGGCUUUGAACUACAAGGAUCACCCCAACUCGAGUGCACAGCCCAGGGGCAGUGGACACAGCAAAUGCCAACCUGCAAAGUGGUGCAAUGCCCCACCUUGAAAGUUCCUAAGGAGAUCAACAUGACCUGUGAUGGUGAUGGGAAUUAUCUCUAUGGGACCAGAUGUGUGUUUGAAUGUCCCGAGGGAUGGAAACUCAACGGCUCAGAUUCUUUGGCAUGCAGAGCCACAGGAAGCUGGUCUGGGAUGCUACCUUCCUGUGAAGUGCUUGAGGUGUCAAACACUUUCUUAGUCGUUGGCCUGGCCACCAGUGGGACCUCUCUCCUGACAACAGCAUCAUUUCUUCUUUGGCUUGCAAAACGUCUUCGAAAGAAAGUAAAGAAAUUUUCUCCUACUAGCAGUUGCCAAAGUCUUGAUUCAGAUGGAAUCUACCAACCUUCUUCUGAGUUAAUUUAAGUCCAAAGGAAUCAGGAACUGGAGAUGCUUUUACAGAAAUGUCCUAGGAAACUAGGCUUUUCAGCCAUGCGCCUAGCCACUGGAGACAACUCUUCUCCUCAAGAGGAAAAUCUUCCUUGGAUUCUUGGCCUUUCCAAAUCACAACCUUGGCAAUCACAAGGAACCUUCGCUGACCAAGUCCAGGAGACAAGGGCUUUCCCCUGUCUUUCCACUGGAAAGAGACAGUUUCCAUUUAGUAUCCUUGAAAAUGAAAGGAUGUAUUGUCUUAUAAUAGACUGACCAACCAAUGAGCCUGUUUAGACCUUAUAAGGGUAACAGAAAAAGCUACUGGUGGGGCAGCUAGGAGGCACAGUGAAUAAAGAACCGGCCCUGGAUUCAGGAGGACCUGAGCUCAAAUCUGACCUCAGACACUUGACACUUACUAGCUGUGUGACCCUGGCCAAGUCACUUAACCCUCAUUUUCCUGUAAAACAAAACAAAACAAAACAAAAUGCUACUGGAAUAUUAGAAUUCCAUUCUUUGUCAUCUUCAAGCAUGAGCUCAGCGGAGACCCAACUUUGAAGUUCUUUGGUUCUUCACAAAUGGUGUGUGCUCUGACAGUUUCUAACACUCACUGAAUACAGGUGUACAGGUUUUGUGUGAUGAUGGCAUUUACUUUUGUAAAAUAUAAGGUACCAUGCAAAUAGAAAGAAGUAUUAUCACUAUCACAUGUUCAGCAGAUCCUCCCCACCCCCACAGGGAGAAAUUCUGCUGCUAAUUAAAUACCGAAAAGAAGUUCAAUAAUUUCAAAUGCUCCAUGGGAGACAACAUUGACAAGAUCUCUGAAAAGUGCCUGGUGAAUGGCUAUAUCUCUGCAGAACUUACAGUACUUGUUUUUUUUCCAGCAGAAGUCUAAGAAGUGGGCCACGUAUGAACUUUUUAUUUCUCCAGAGGCAAGAUCUUUGAUGUUCCAGGCAGCUGACCCUAGUUAUGAUACUGAUAAGGGGGUCUCUCUGUAGUUGUCCUAUUUCCACAUAAAGAGUACAAACAGCUCUCACUGUUUAAAGUGUAUGUGGUUUCAGGGGCAGCUAGGUGGCACAGUGGAUAGAGCACCGGCCCUGGAUUCAGGAGGACCUGAGUUCAAAUCCGGCCUCAGACACUUAACACUUACUAGCUGUGUGACCCUGGGCAAGUCACUUAACCCCAAUUGCUUCACUAAAAACAAACAAAAUAAAGUGUAUGUGGUUUUGCAUUUCUUUUUUUCUCAGAAACCCGUAUAUCUUUUGCUCAUUAUUUUCUCAGAGAUGUUAAGUAAUAAGUAGCCUUAACAUUUCCAUGUAGGGGAAAAAAUAUGGUUCCAGGAUGCUGAAUGUUUGACUUUGCGAAAAAAAAAAUGGAGGUACAAUUUUAAGAAUGUCUUCUCUGUGUUGACUUAAAUGACAAUUAUGGGUAUGUUCUGUUUUAUGUCAAAGAUACGUGUGAUUCUCAAGUGCCAUGUAGACGCGAUCUUUGUAACCUGAAUUGUAUUUUAUGUGCAGUGGAAGCCCAAUGUCUAAAGUGUAUUGCAAUAGAUCAUACGGCAAAGUGAAGCCACCUUAUGGGAGAUGCUCACCCCUCAACUUUCUCUGUUUUGCAAAUUGGGAGGUUGUCCACACAUAUAUGAAAAUGUUUAUUUAUAUGCAGAGAAAAUUUCCCAAUUAUCAACUCCCUAUUGGUGGCAGGAAAGCCUGAAACAGUGAGAUUACCUUGGCCUCUGCAAUGACUGCUCCAGGACUACAAAACGUGAGAGACGAGGCUUUCUGUGCUUUUAUGUUUUUAUCAUUAAUGUUGUGCAUAUUGGCACAAAUUGUGCUAGGGAGAUGACGGCAGUUUGCAAGUAGUUGGACCAAAAGUCUAUCUGGCACAAAGUUGGGAAUGUGCAGAGCAAAGCAAAAGCACAAUCCAUGUCAGGUUGUUCCUACCAAUAUCAUUUUACAAUAACAUCUUAUGAGCAAACCUGUAACAGCUGUAAAACCCAUCCAUAAUAAUAGUGUUUUGUAAACAUUAAAGUGCUAUGUAAAUGCUAGCUAUUUUUUUUAUUAAUAAUGGCAUUUGGCUGAUCAACAAUUCAUAGCAUCAUUCCUAUGGAAUGAAUCGCAAUCAGUAAUGUAAUUUCUAACACAGAGUUUUUGAAGCACCAAUUGAUGGUAUUAGGUAGAUUAUGCCUAUUCUAAACCAAAACUUUUUUUUUUUUGCAAAUAGGAGACUUUAUCAUGCUCAGAUUGUAGUAUGAAUGACGUAUCUUAGAAUAUUAAAAUCUUGUUUAUAAAUAAUAGAUUGUAAAUAUGUAUGUGUUUGAAAUAUUUGUAUUGAAAAAUGGGUAUGAGCUUUGGGGUUUUAUGGAGAUUUUAUAAUAUGACUUUUAAAAUGAAG